AUGUCAGAUUACGAGGAAGCGUUCAACGACGGACCAGAACACUUUGAGGACUUCGACAACGAUCACUUUUCGGAUGCCGAAGUUUACGAUGCACCAGAGGCAUUCAAAGAUGGCGAGACAAAGGACGAAAAUGGGAAAACCAUCAUUGCAGGAGGAUUGAAUGCCGAUGACUUCCAGCAGCAGCAAGAAAGCAACAGAAGAAGAACACUGAGAGAAAAGGCCAUUCCCAAAGACGAAAGAACCACAACUCCAUACAUGACGAAAUACGAAAGAGCUCGUAUUUUGGGUACCAGGGCAUUGCAAAUCUCGAUGAACGCCCCAGUAUUCGUUGAUCUCGAAGGUGAGACAGACCCGUUGAGAAUCGCGAUGAAAGAACUGGCAGAGAAGAAAAUACCUUUGGUCAUAAGGAGAUACCUUCCAGACGGUUCUUUCGAGGACUGGAGUGUGGAGGAACUCAUUGUCGACCUGUGA